UCUUGGAGAAGAGGUCACGAUUAUUCUGUGGAGGCUUGGAGAAGGGCAAUUGAGAAUGAGGUAGAAGGGUUAGUUCUUGGCGGGUCAACAUGGGUGGGGGACAGUAAUGGCAGUGGAGGCGGCAUGGGCAACGAGCAGACUAGGAGAGGUGAAGUACCGAGCAAGGAAGAAGAUAGAUCGGUGGUCCGCCCCCUCCUAAACUGCCGCCUUGGAGCGAUCGAGGAGUUUGAGUUUGGAAGAUUUAUUAGUUAUUUGAUUUUUUUAUCUUAUUUUCGCAUUAUGUUUUAUGUUGCUCUGUUUUUGUUGAUGUCUUUAGCUUUAUAUCUACAAUAAUGAUUGUCAUUUUUGCUAGUUAUUAUGGCGUUAGAAUGAUCUAUAUGGUCAGAUAUUGUUGUGUCACAACCGUGUUUAUAAUAUCGCUUAUG